CCAACAAUUUUACACGAACAAAAAAAUAAAUAUUCCGAGAAAAAGAAAGCAAAAUCCAAGUGAAAUCUCCAUACUCCGGUGAAAAGCUAAAAUUAGGGUUUUCGAUUAUUUCUCACUCUACCAUAGCCGUUAUUCUCUCUCUCCUCUGUUGAAAUUAUAACUGAGAAAAGCUUUUCAACAAUGGCGACAAUAGUUCCGACAACUGAAGAAGAUCCUGCUCUCUCCGUUGUUCGUUUUGUUUCCGAGCUUGCUUGGGCGGACGCCGGUGCCGAGGUUGCAGAGCCUCAAGUUGCGAGAUUAUGUGUUGAAGCGCAGGAAUGUAUGGCGACGGGGAGAUGGCUUGAUUUGGCAUCUUUAAUUCUUACUUCUGCUGAUUUGGUUUUUACUAAGGUUGCUGAGAAAGAUGUUGAGUGCAUUUACACUGUAAUUUGCAAUCUUGUCACGAAGACUGAAAAUCCUGAUGAGGUUUUGGAGAUCGUGAAACUUAUAUCUGCUAAAAUUAUCCAGCAGCCAAAUGAGAAGCCUGCUUUGCGCCUGAAGAUAUUGUUCAAUCUAUACAACCUACUUGAAAACGCAUACAGCCGUUUCUAUGUUUACUUGAAGGCCCUCAACCUGGCUGCCAGUGGUAAAGUUUCAGAGCAUGUUAUUCCUUCAGUCAAGAAUAUCGACAGUUUCUUGAAGGAAUGGAAUCUUGGAGUCCAAGAUCAGAGAGAACUUUUUCUAGCAAUUUUCAAUCUUUUAAAAGAAAGCAAAAGCUCCGGAAAGGAAUCAUUUAAUUUUCUCACCAAGUAUUUGGCAACUUUCUCCCCUGAGGAUGAACAAUCUAUGAGUGAGGCAAAAGAGCAGGCUGCCAAUGCUAUUAUAGAAUUUGUGAAGACCCCUGACAUGUUUCAGUGUGAUUUGCUGGACAUGCCGUCAAUAUCACAGCUAGAGAAUGAUGCUAAGUACUCAAUGUUAUAUCAACUACUGAAGAUUUUCCUGACUCAGAGGCUUGAUGCUUACGUAGAUUUUGAGGCAGCAAUUUCCUUGUUGAAGAGCUACGGCCUUGUUCAUGAAGAUUGUCUGUCAAAGAUGAGGCUGAUGUCAUUGGUAGAUCUUGCCUCUACGGAGUCGGGGCAAGUCCCGUAUGCUCUUAUCAAGGACACACUUAGAAUCAAUGACAAUGAGGUAGAACAUUGGAUUGUUAAGGCCAUUGCUGCCAAGUUGCUUGAUUGUAAGAUGGAUCAGAUGAAUCGGGUUGUCAUUGUAAGCUGCUGUACGGAGCGAUUGUUUGGGCAACAACAGUGGGGAAAUCUUCGAUCCAAGCUAAUAACAUGGAGGGGCAAUAUUGCAAGUGUAAUCAACACAAUUCAAGCGAACAAGGCAACCGAGGAGGCCACACAAGCAGUGCAGAGCAUGACAGUGCGUUGAGAUCAAAUCUGAAAAUUUUAAUUACAUCAUUAGAAGUCUAAAUCAAGGGCACAUUUUUUGUAAUUACCCUUUUAAUGUGUGGCAGAAUUGAAGCUCAAUUCUGCUGGAGAUUUUGACUGACGUUGCUUUGUAUUGAAUUUUUGUUCAUCAAAAUUUCUGUUUUUGUAGACGGUUUCUUUUAGCACUAAUAUAUUCCUCUGGUUCAUUCUUAA